UUCGAUACUCGGCGGCAUUGUUUUUUGUUUGUUUGAAAUUCACUAUUAUUGAUUUUCGUUUUUUUUUCAAUUUUGAAAUCAAUCAAAAAUGUCAGACGAAUUAGAAUUGGCACCACAAAAUAUUGAACAAGAAUUUGAUGAAGAUGAAACAGUCGUUAAAAUCAAAGAAAAGGCAACAAAACGUAAAGGACGUGGAUUUGAUGAAGAAACGGCAAAUCGAGGAAAUUAUGGCCAAUUUGAAAGCGUUGAAAGUGAAGGCAAUGAACCAGGACCACAAAAAUCUGUCGAAGGUUGGAUCCUUUUUGUAAGCGGUGUACAUGAAGAAGUGGAUGAAGAUGAUGUUUAUCAAAAAUUUGCCGAAUAUGGACAAAUAACCAACAUACAUAUCAAUUUGGAUCGUCGUACCGGUUUCUAUAAAGGUUAUGCAUUAGUUGAAUUUGAAACAUUUCGUUCAGCAUCGGCUGCAUUAGAAGCAUUAAAUGGAUCAGAAUUAUAUGGCCAAAAUAUUUCUGUUUCAUGGUCUUUCGUAAAAGGACCACAUGGACGUAGCUAUAAACAUUAAUCAUCAUUUUCCAAAUAAUUUUAAUAUAAUUCAGACAUUUUUUUUCCCACCAUUAAUUUCUCAUCAAAAUGUAUCAUUUCAUUGAAUUAUAAUCAAUUGAAAAUAACAUAAUAAUAAUAAUUAAUAAUUAAUAAUUCA